AUGGUGAUUCAGAGAGAAAUGGAAUUAAGAAGAGCUGGUUAUGUGGUUGUUUUUGUGACUCUCCUCUGUGCAUUGGCAAUUGCGAGUUCAGAAGGCAGAAGGAAGACGGUCGAAAUGGUUCUUACCAAUGCCAAUUGCCAUGCAUCAUCGGACUUGGAUACAGAUAUGGGAGAGAAGGCAUGCAUGAAAGAAUUAGCAGAGAAAGAAUAUCAACAUGAAGAUGAAGAAUCUCUUGUUCCUCGCAUCAAAACUGAAAACAUGGGUAAAAAAGUUAUAAGAAUUCUACCACCUGAUAUGAAACAGGACGUGUUGAAUUGUUUAAGAAAGAAAACUAUGCUUUCUCGUGGUUCUGAAUCAAGUUCUAGUUUAUUUGAUCGGUUUAACAAACCAACCGAGUUGUUAUUAAUUGGAGGAUCCAAUAUUCAUAUGAAACGUCUAAUUAGAUCAUCGCAAGAUUCAUCAAAACGGCAUCUUGCUGAAGUUCCAUCUCCACCUGCACCUCCCUUACCAUCACCUGGAGCAGAAUCACCAGUAACUUCUCCGUUACCGUCUCCAAGUCAUGCUCCAAUGCCAUCACCAAGUCAUGCCCCAGCCAAGUCUCCAAGUCAUGCCCCAGCCAAGUCUCCAAGUCAUGCCCCAGCCAAGUCUCCAAGUCAUGCCCCAGCCAAGUCUCCAAGUCAUGCCCCUGCCAAGUCUCCAAGUCUUUCCCCAGAGAAGUCUCCAGGUCUUGCCCCAGCCAAGUCUCCAAGUCUUACCCCAGCCAAGUCUCCAUCACGAGACCUCCAUCCACCUGUUGAGGCUCCAGAACCGCCACCGGACCACACCGAUGUUCCAGAUUUGCCUACACCAUCUGUAGUUCGCUCGCCACCUCCUCCACGUGCUUCUUCCAAGUCUCGGCCUCCAAAGAAGCAUGAAGAAGACCAGACAGUCAUAAUUGCUGGUAUUGUAGCAGCUGGUUUGGGAGUUGUUCUUGUGGUUGCUUUGCUUUUGUUCUGCUGUCGUAGAGGUGAGAAAAGUAAAGUUGAUCCAAAGGAUGGGCAAAAGGAUGAGAGACCUCUCUUAAACAUAUCUUUGAGUGAACUAUCAGCAGGUUCUUCACAGAAGUCAUACAACCUUGGAAAUUCAGGUACCAAAGACGUAAAUGCUGAUAAUGGAACUAAACCACACUCAUUUGUUGGCAACUUAUCUGCGAAUCCUGAAAAUGGCACCUCUAUGGCUGAGGCUCCAACAUCUGAUGGUAAAUCAUCAGCAAUGCCGCAUCUAAAACCCCCUCCUGGAAGAUUAGAUUCUCAACCUCCACCUGCACCUGCACCAGCACCAGCACCAGCACCAGCGGCAGCACCUCCACCGCCUCCGCCGCCUGCUCCUAGAGCCCCACCACCACCACCUCUAAAAGUUGGUCGCCCCCCACCUGCACCACCGGGAGCAAUCCCUGGUAAAUCUCAAGCAGUACCUACUGGGCCACAUCGACGAGGAUCUAGUGGCUCAAGUAUGGAUGCAGAUUCAGGAAGCCAAAAGACCAAGCUAAAGCCCUUUUUCUGGGAUAAGGUUCUUGCUAACCCUGGGCAAUCUAUGGUCUGGCACGAGAUUAGUGCUGGAUCAUUCCAAUUCAAUGAGGAGAUGAUGGAGUCCUUGUUUGGAUAUACAGCAGCAGAAACUAACAAAGGCGACCGCAAGAAAGAUUCAGUUUCAGACCCUUCAUUACAAUACAUUCAAAUCAUUGAUGCUAAGAAAGCUCAAAACCUUUCAAUUCUCCUACGAGCACUAAAUGUAACAACAGCAGAAGUAUUAGAUGCUCUUGAAGAAGGAAAUCCUGAUCUUCCAGCAGAGCUUUUACAGACCUUGUUGAAAAUGGCACCAACAACAGAAGAGGAACUAAAACUUAGAUUAUUUUCAGGGGACCUUUCUCAGUUAGGUCCAGCAGAACGAUUCCUCAAAGUGUUAGUGGAUGUUCCUUUUGCUUUUAAACGAUUAGAGUGUCUUCUCUUCAUGCUCUCCAUGUCGGAAGAUGUCACUAACAUUAAGGAAUCAUUCGCUACUCUAAAGGUCGCCUGCAACAAUCUUAGAAACAGCAGGCUGUUUCUCAAGCUAUUAGAAGCAGUUCUCAAAACUGGAAACCGAAUGAACGAUGGGACGUACCGUGGUGGUGCUCAGGCGUUCAAGCUCGACACGCUCUUGAAACUGGCGGAUGUUAAAGGAACUGACGGCAAGACUACGCUCUUACACUUCGUCGUACAAGAGAUUAUUCGUUCGGAAGGCAUACGAGCAGCUCGUUCUGACAGACAAAGCCGGAGUUCAUCCAGCAUAAUCUCCACCGAUACGAUUUUUGAGGACUUCGCCGACGAUUCAACGGAACAUUAUCGACAAUUAGGUCUACAAGUGGUUUCUGGUUUGAGCACGGAGCUGGAGGACGUGAAAAAAGCGGCUGCCGUAGAUGCAGAUGGGCUAACAACAACGAUAUCAAAACUUGGCCAAUCUCUGAUUAAAACAAAAGCAUUUAUAAACGCGGAGAUGAAGAGUUUAGACGAAGACAGCAAAUUCCACCAAUCAAUGUCGAAAUUUGUAGAAGGAGCAGAAGCGGACAUAGCGUGGAUUGCAGAGGAAGAAAAGAAGAUAAUGGCUUUGGUGAGAAGCACAGUGGAUUACUUCCAUGGAAAUUCAGGAAAGGAUGAAGGAUUGAGAUUGUUUACGAUAGUACGCGAUUUCUUGAUUGUGUUGGACAAGACUUGUAAACAGGUGAAAGAAGCAGCUGAGGCUGCAGCCAAGCAAGCAAAGAAUUCCAAAAAAGAAACUGCGACACCGUCGGCUACUUGUCAACAGAAUUCAGAUGUACGGCAGAGGCUAUUUCCGGCGAUUGUAGAACGACGGAUAGGCGAUGACGAGUCAAGUUCUUCGGACGAGGAUGAUGGCGAGAGAUCAUCUUCAUCAUCAUCCUAGAAUUUCUGCUCCAGUGAAAGUGGUUUUUCAUUUCACGGAACGGAAUUUGUCGGAAAAUCGUUUGGCGUAAUUUUGCGAGUAAUGUGAUGUAACGGAAUUGGUGUUUGUACUAAGGAUUUGAUCCCUUUCUACUUUAGAGUAGAAAUGGUAAAAAGCGUUUUGUGGAAUUCAAAAGAUAGGAGAACUCCCAUUUUUAUAAACCAUUUGGUUACUAUUAAAUCAAGUAGAAGUUUUAUUUGAAUUCAA